AUGAAAAUCUCGAAGAAGUUGGACGAUGCACACUCGUGCUCCAACCCGCCUCCGGCAACCUUCUCCUUCGAGUUCUUUGUCCCCAAGACCUCCCAGGGUGUACAGAACCUUUACGACAGAAUGGAUAGAAUGUACGAGUUGAACCCGAUCUUCAUUGAUAUCACUUGGAACGCAGGUGGUCGCUCAUCCACCCUUACCAACGAAAUGGUUUACACUGCCCAGUCCACUCUUGGUUUGGAAACUUGCAUGCACUUGACGUGUACGAACAUGAAGGUGGAGUUGAUUGACGAGGCAUUAAGUAAAGCUCACGCCUCAGGAUGUCAGAACAUCUUGGCUUUGAGAGGCGAUCCACCUUUGGAUGGCUCAGAGUCGACUGGUGAUUUUAAGUACGCUAAGGAUUUGAUUCGCUACAUCCGCAAGAACUACGGUGACCACUUCAACAUUGGUCAUCCCGAAGAAGAGGAUGAUGUGAAGUUGUUGAGCUAUUUGAAAGAGAAGGUCGACGCUGGUGCUGACUUUAUCAUCACACAGAUGUUUUACGAUGCGGACAACUUUAUCAGCUGGUGUCUGAAGAUCCGUAAGAUUGGCGUGGAGAUUCCCAUCAUUCCUGGUAUCAUGCCAAUUUCAACCUACUCCGCCUUCAUUAGAAGAGCCAAGUGGUCUCAAGUGAAGAUUCCAGAGCACUUUUUACAGGCAUUGGAUCCUAUCAAGGAAGAUGAUUACGCUGUUAGAGAGAAGGGAACCCAGUUGGUGGGCGAGAUGUGUCAGAAACUCAUUGAUUCAGGAUACGUGAACCACCUUCACUUCUAUACUAUGAAUCUUGAGCGUUCAACUAUCAUGGUGUUGGAGCAUCUCAACUUGAUCGAGCAUGUCAAAGAUAACGCUGUUGUGGGUGACGAAUUGCCCUGGAGGAAGUCGUUGCACCCCAUGCGAUCAAAGGAGUCGAUCCGUCCCAUCUUCUGGCAGAACAGAAAAUACUCUUACAUCUCCCGUACUUCAGGUUGGGAUGAGUUCCCCAACGGUCGUUGGGGUGAUUCUAGAUCUCCUGCUUUUGGUGACAUCGAUCUUUCUGCCACGGAGUUGUUACGUCAGUCUCCAAAGCGUGCCUUUGAGUUAUGGGGCUGUCCUCAGACAUUGGGCGAUCUUUCUCAAAUUUUGAUUUCCUACUUACAAGGCGAGAUCAAGUCUUUGCCAUGGAGUGACGGUCCAAUCGGUGACGAUACUGAAGUGUUGAAGCCUGCGUUGAUCGAGAUGAACAAAAAGGGUAUUUUCACGUUGAACUCGCAACCUGCUUUAAGUGCUGUCAGAUCCAACGAUGAAGUUUUCGGCUGGGGUCCAAAGAAUGGAUUUGUCUACCAGAAACAGUACUUGGAAUUCUUCAUCCACCGAAAUGCACUCAACACUUUGUUGCAAAGAGUCGAGGAGCACAAUGCUAGAGACGCCCAUUCUGUCGUCACUUACUACGCUGUCGACAAGCAGGGCACAUUGUCUACCAAUGCUCAUGACGACGAUAUCAACGCUGUCACUUGGGGUGUCUUCCCUGGCGAGGAGAUCUUGCAACCCACCAUUGUCGAAAAGGUCUCCUUCUUGGCCUGGAAGGACGAGGUCUACCGCUUGCUCGACGAGUGGGUGAAGAUCUUCCACACCAAGUCUGUGAAGGAGGAAGUUGAGGAAGCCAAGAUCGACGCUUUCUCAACGUUGUUGACUGGUUUCGGAGACAACUUUGUCUUGUGCAACUUUGUCAACAACGACUUCACCAGUGGCAACAACAUCAUCUUUGACCUUUUCCGGGAUCUUCCUGUGGCUUCUCUCUAG